AUGAAGUUUGGCUUACUUGGGCUCUUGUUGGUCGUUUCCUCUGCUCGUGCUGACCGGUUCGAAGAGCGCAAUGUGCAGCUAUAUCCUCGCCAAUGCACGAUCAACGACGCCUGGCCCACGGGCCCUGGCAUUGCGCUGCAACCGCAGCAAGUUUCCUCUCAGCUUCGAAGUAUGUUGAACCAAGUUAGCACCUCAAACAUCGAGUCUAUUAUUCAAAAGCUCGUGUCCUUCGGCACCCGCCACACGGCGUCGAGUCAGACGGAUCCCGUGCGCGGUAUUGGCGCUGCGAGGGACUGGAUUGCGUCUCAGAUGCGAGGCUUUGCGGCCAAUGCAUUCAAGGGAUCCAACGUGACCGUCUCGCUACCGUCGUACAUUCAAGCCCCCGUUGCUGGUUUAUUCGUCAACGCUACACCUAUCACGGACGUGGCGCUUCGUAUCGAGGGCACGUCGAAAACAAAUCGAAUAUAUGUGGUGACUGGCCACUACGACUCUCGGGUUACCAGUAUUCUCAACAACGUGGACGAUGCGCCUGGCGCUGAUGACGAUGCCUCCGGUGUUGCCGUGAUCAUGGAAUUGGCUCGUAUUUUCUCUCAGCACAUGCAGCCGCCACCGUCGGCCACCAUGAUAUUUGCCGCCGUUGCCGGUGAAGAGCAAGGGCUUCUUGGAUCGGACCACCUAGCACAGGUGCUCCAGGAUGAGGGAGCCGACGUCCAAGGCAUGUUCACAAACGACAUCGUCGGCUCGUCGAAGGCGGACAACGGAGUGCGCGACCCGAACAGCAUUCGUCUUUUCGCGCAGGGCGUGCCCACCUUCGCGUCUGCCUCCGUUCAGUCAACGCUCGAACAGAUCGGCGGAGAAAACGACUCGCCGGCUCGAGAAUUGGGCCGAUUCGUACACGAGGUUGCGACGAACACCUUUACCGAUAUGAAAGUACGUGUGGUGUAUCGUCUGGAUCGUUUCCUCCGUGGUGGUGAUCACGAGCCGUUCUUGCAACGAGGCUACCCGGCCGCGCGCUUCACGGAGCCCCAUGAGAACUUCGCGCACCAGCAUCAGGACGUUCGAGUGGACCCUACGACUGGUGAACAGUUUGGUGACUUGAUAGAGUUCUGUGACUUUGACUUCAUCAAUCGAGUCGCCAAGGUCAAUGGCGUGGCGAUUUUCUCGCUUGCCUCUGCUCCAGGCACCCCAAAAAAUGCCACCAUCGAUAAUUCAGUCCUGACGAACAACUCGACGCUGACGUGGGUCGUCGACGAUGAUCCGAACAUCGCUGGCUACGAAGUACUUUGGCGGGAGACCAUACAACCGUUCUGGGAGAACGUCAUCCCCGUCGGCCUUGACAGCAAAGUGACCGUGGAGGAGUCCAAGGAUAACGUCGUGUUCGGGAUUCGCGCCGUCGGUAAAAACGGAUUCCGAAGUCCUGCUGCUUUGCCUCUGCCAGAUUGA